CAAGGUGGGAAAAAUAGUAAUCUGGUACUGGUAGGUGACUAGUCAAAUCUUAAUAUAAUCAAACCUUCUUAGGAUCCCCUCUCCUCUCUCUUCAUAACCUGUCUGUUAUCUUCUCUCACGGAUUGUUGCAUGGCACAACACCAACAAAAACAACAGUUCAAAUCAAUGAAAAGUUGAAACCCAGAAACCCACGAUUCAAUUUCAUCAUUCAUCAAUGUCUGUGUGAGGAAGAAGAGGAAGAAGAUGAUGCCUAGCUUUGAGACUUGAAAGUUUAAGCUUGAAACUACUGUUGUUUGUUUGUUGUUGUCGUUGUUGUUGUUGUUGUUGCUGCUGCUGCUGUUGUUGUUGCCUUUUCGUCUCUUAGUCUGGCCUCCAAUGGCUGCCUCCACCGCAGCUUUAGUACUCUUUCUGUCUUUGACAUUCUCGUCAGUCUUCGUUCUCAGCUCCUCUGGUUUGUCUGAAUCGGAUAUUCUUCUUGCAUUCAAGGACUCCAUUGAUGACCCAUUGAACUAUCUUUCAAGCUGGUCUGGAACUCAGAGAACCCAUUACUGUAACUGGACUGGAGUGAGCUGCUCAGCUUCACUUUCAGUUUCCUCUCUGACCCUCCGUGGCCUGAAUCUCUCCGGAGAGAUUUCGUCGUCCAUUUGCGAGCUUCCCAAUCUCGCUACCCUCGACCUCGCCGGAAACCUCUUCAACAAGCCGAUUCCGCUCCAUCUCUCCGCCAGCUGUGGCUCUCUGGAAGUUUUUAAUGUCAGCAACAAUCUUAUCUGGGGAACAAUCCCGGACCAGAUUUCCCAGUUCGGCUCUCUGAAAGUUCUCGAUCUCAGCAACAACCAUGUCGAAGGGAAGAUUCCAGAAGGCAUUGGGUCGUUGAAGAAGCUCCAAGUUCUCAACUUGGCCAACAACUUGCUCUCCAGCAAUCUUCCUCUGGUUUUCGGUAACUUCACCGAGCUUUUAACGCUGGAUUUGUCUCAAAAUCCUUUCCUGGUCAGUGAGAUUCCGGCCGAUAUCGGGCGGCUGAAUAAGCUUCGAAAUCUUCGUUUACAAAACUCUGGCUUCAACGGCUCAAUCCCUGAAUCUUUUCUGGGUUUAGUUAGCUUGGAGAUUUUGGACCUUUCCCAGAACAAUCUCACCGGCCAAAUACCUCUGAAACUUGGAUUUUCUCUGGGAAAGUUGGUUUCUUUCGACGUCUCUCAGAACAAACUUUCCGGGCCCUUUCCGAGCGGGAUUUGUAAUGCCAAAGCCCUGAGAAACCUCGCUCUCCCCACGAAUUUCUUCAAUGGCGCCAUACCCGGAAACUCCAUGGAUGAAUGCUUGAGUCUCGAGAGGUUUCAGGUUCAGAACAAUGCGUUUUCCGGGGAUUUCCCAAAUGGGUUGUGGUCUUUGCCCAAGAUCAGGCUCGUCCGGGCGGAAAACAAUCAGUUCUCCGGCGAGAUACCGGAUUCAAUCUCCAUGGCCGGUCAGUUGGAGCAAGUUCAGAUCGAUAACAACAGCUUUACUGGUAAUAUUCCCCAGGGUUUUGGAAUGGUUAAGAGCUUGUAUAGGUUCUCUGCUUCUCUUAAUAACUUCCAUGGCCAAAUCCCUCCUAAUUUUUGUGAUUCCCCUGUUAUGAGCAUCAUCAAUCUGUCCCACAAUUCUCUUUCCGGCCCCAUUCCGGAGCUGAGAAAAUGCAGGAAAUUAGUCUCAUUGUCUCUGGCUGACAACAGCCUAAAGGGGGAAAUUCCCCCAUCACUUGCUGAAUUGCCAGUGCUUACUUACCUCGAUCUCUCGGACAAUAAUCUCACCGGUCCAAUCCCGCUGGAGCUUCAGAACCUGAAGCUAGCCCUCUUCAAUGUGUCCUUCAACCAGCUGUCAGGCAUCGUUCCAUCGUCCCUCAUUUCUGGCCUUCCGGCCUCCUAUCUGCAGGGAAAUCCCGGCCUUUGUGGGCCGGGGCUUCCCGAUCGGUGCAGUGAUGGCAAGCCAAGUCCUAAAAUGUCUGGGAUAUCGAAACUGGCAUGUGCCCUCAUCUCUGUAGGCUUAUCUGUUGGAAUACUGAUUCUUGCUGUUGGGUUCUAUGUGAUUCGAUUUCGAUCCUCCAAGCCAGGAUCAAAACCCCGCACUUGGCGCUCGGUCUUCUUUUACCCUCUUAGGAUCACUGAGCACGACUUGGUGACCGCCAUGGAUGAGAAGACAGCUGCUGGAAGCAGGGGAGUCUUAGGUAGAGUCCACAUUGUAGCCCUGCCAAGUGGUGAACUUGUUGCUGUGAAGAAGAUAGUUAACUUUGGAAGCCAAUCUUCCAAAGUUCUCAAGGCUGAGAUCAAGACACUGGCCAAGAUCAGGCACAAGAAUGUGGCUAAAAUUCUGGGCUUCUGCCAUUCUGACGACGCUAUAUUUCUGAUUUACGAGUACUUACAGAAGGGAAGCCUCGGGGACUUGAUCAACAGGCCGGAUUUUAGGCUGCCAUGGAGUGCUAGAUUGAGGAUUGCCAUUGGAAUUGCUCAGGGAUUAGCUUACCUUCACAAGGAUUAUGUCCCUCACAUACUGCACCGGAAUAUCAAAUCGACCAAUAUUGUUUUGGAUGCAGAUUUGGAGGCUAAACUCACAGAUUUUGCUCUUGAUCGGAUCGUGGGUGAAGCUGCAUUUCAGUCUUCGUUGGCAUCAGAACCUGGUGUGUCCUGUUAUAUGGCUCCAGAAUGCGGAUACUGUAAAAAGGCCAGCGAGCAAAUGGACACGUACAGCUUCGGCAUGGUGCUGCUGGAGCUAGUGACCGGCCGGCCGGCAGAGCGGGCAGAAUCAGAGGGAGAGCCCCUUGAUCUGGUCAAAUGGGUACGCCGGAAAAUCAACUUAUCAAACGGGGCAUUCCAGGUUCUUGACAACAAGAUAUCAAACUCCUCUCAACAAGAGAUGCUGGCAGCUCUCAACCUGGCCCUCCGCUGCACGUCCGUGAUGCCGGAGAAGCGGCCACCGAUGCCUGAAGUCGUCAGGGCGCUUCAGGUCCUCGACUCCAGAACCGGUCAUCUUCCAAACAUGGAGUAUUCUGCCUCUGAUGAGGCCUCAGUUCCAGUCUGAGAACUCUCUUAAUUUCAGUGUUGCUCUACUUGAAGCUUCUGUAAAUGCAAACUUUGAUUCCAAAUGGGUUCUUUUUGGGGUAAACCUUUUUGUUUGAGAAUGGCCUCUUUCUUGCUGGGAAGAAGGUGGGAUUGGGAAGGAUGAAGCAUAUGUUUGGAAAUGUUUUUGUUGUUUCCUUACUGUGAUCUGUUUGGGGAUUUGACAGGAAGAGAACAAAACCAAGUUUUUGCCAGUUUGUUCUGCUACAUUUUCACUGUCCAAAGUUGAAAAUACACAUGAGUUUGGUUAUGCAAUUGUAUCAGCCAUGAAAGAGGCUUUUAGCCUCAAAUUUGCAUGGAGCUUGGUGUUUGGGAAGUGGG